GCGGGGUCCGGCAGUCGCCUGCGAGCGGCUGAGCCGCCAGCCCGCUUGCCCUCCGCGUUCGGACCGCGCCGGCUGGCCCAGUACACCCUGGACCGCUGGCCCGAUACACACUGAAAGGCCGGGGCGGGGGAGCGGGCAGAGUCCGCGCCCGGCGCCCGGGACGAGGAGUCGGACCUUAGCCGCCGACGCCGCCAGAGCCCGGCCGGGCUGUUAACAAAAGAUGGUGGAUCGCUUGGCAAACAGUGAAGCAAAUACUAGGCGCAUAAAUAUAGUGGAAAAUUGUUUUGGAGCAGCUGGUCAACCCUUAACUAUACCUGGACGGGUUCUUAUUGGAGAAGGAGUAUUGACUAAAUUGUGUAGAAAAAAGCCAAAAGCAAGGCAGUUUUUUUUAUUUAAUGAUAUUCUUGUAUAUGGUAAUAUUGUCAUCCAGAAGAAAAAAUACAAUAAACAACAUAUUAUUCCCCUGGAAAAUGUCACUAUUGAUUCCAUCAAAGAUGAAGGAGACCUGAGGAAUGGAUGGCUUAUUAAGACACCAACCAAAUCCUUUGCAGUUUAUGCUGCUACUGCCACGGAGAAGUCAGAAUGGAUGAAUCACAUAAAUAAAUGUGUUACUGAUUUACUCUCCAAAAGUGGGAAGACACCUAGUAAUGAACAUGCUGCUGUCUGGGUUCCUGACUCUGAGGCGACUGUGUGUAUGCGUUGUCAGAAAGCAAAGUUCACACCUGUUAAUCGUCGCCACCAUUGCCGCAAGUGUGGUUUUGUUGUCUGUGGGCCCUGCUCUGAAAAGAGGUUUCUUCUUCCCAGCCAGUCCUCUAAGCCUGUGCGGAUUUGUGACUUCUGCUAUGACCUGCUUUCUGCUGGGGACAUGGCCACAUGCCAGCCCACUCGGUCGGACUCUUACAGCCAGUCACUGAAGUCUCCUUUAAACGAUGUAUCUGACGAUGACGAUGAUGACGAUAGCAGUGACUAAGGGCAUAUUUUCAAAUACUUAAUUGGGUGUGACUAUUUGAGAAAUCAGCUUUGGGGAGGAAUUUAAAAUUCUGAGCUCUCGAUUUUGCUCUAGCCAUGAAUUUGCCUGAAAAACUUUUAACCUAUGUGCCUCAGUAUACUCUGUAGAAAAUAUGUCCCGUUGUUAACCCCUCUCCCAUCUCUCCGCUGUCUCCAGUGACAGAUUGCAAAUCAAUCAGAUAAAUUUUUGGCUUCUUUUUGUUUAUUUCUAGAUUAUUUUUUGGAAGGUUGGGGAAAAAUAUUUAUUUAACAGAUCAUGUUAUAUGUUCUGUUACAUGGAAAAAUGAAAAACAAAAAGUGAUGAAAAAAAGGAGUAAGAUUUAGUCAGUAAAAUUGUUAACAUUUUCCUAAUCAUUUUCUCCAAAGAUUAAGACACCAGUAAAAAUAUAUAUAAAAUUUGGGAAUACUUUGGCUUUUUUGUAUUCCAAGUGGUGCCUUAUAUUAGCACUGUUUUAUAAAAUGGUCCCCUACCUUCUUUCUUUUUCACUUGUUUGAACAAUACACUGGUGCUCCCUGAGGUGAUAAAGUGAAUGUGUAUGAAUGGGUGUAAUUAGAAAAUACUUCUCAUCUGACAGCUAUAAAUAAAUAAAUUUAGAAACUCUUCAUUCUAUAUGAAUAUUUUUGCAUAAAGUAGCUGUGAUUAUAU